UUACAAUCAUUGAUGAAUCUGUAAUAGGAAUAAUUGUUUUAUGUUUCCUAAGUUACCACCUCGUCGUUGCGCAGUUGGUGGAGUCCAAUGUCCUUACCUCUGUGAAUACGGAGAGCUGAAGGCCACGGCUUGGUGUAAACAGAAGGAAACAUGGUCAACGUUGCUGCAGUUGCCCGUGGGUACUGGGGACACAUAUUCGUUCCCUUGGGCUUCGUGAUUGGAUGGUACCUUGACAGGCAACAGGAUCAGAAGCUCACAGCUUUCAGAAACAAGAGUGCAUUGUACAGCAGGGAGCUGAAGCCUGGUGAGGAAGUGACCUGGAGGUAGACGUUCCCCUACUUGGAAAGCCGUGUCCCCUGUGGUGUGAAUGAGUAAUGGGUGGUCUUCAAAUCUGAUUAUUUAGGGAGACUCCUGUACCUCUUCUUUUGAGUUGUAUCAACCAGAAAAUAAAAUGUUAUUUGCCAUCAUAA